UCACCACGGCUACAAGAGAGUCGGGAUCUUAUCUUACAGCUAGCCAAGCACUUCCCUGUGGUGAUCAUCGUAAUAGAUGCCCUCGACGAAUGCAACCCAGCUACGCGGCGCCAAUUCCUACACGCGAUGGAGUCUAUCCUUAGGGCUUGUUCCAGCUUCGUCAAGAUAUUCAUCUCUAGUCGUAACGACCAAGACAUCGUCUAUAAGCUCCAGGAUUACCCCAAUCUUGAGCUGUCGUCAGACAGGAACCGGGGUGAUUUCGCCAAGUUUGUUAAAUCCGAGACGAGCUCUAUAUUCAACAGCGGAGCUAUGCUGCAAUAUAGCACAAGCAAGGAAGAGCUACGGCAGAGAAUUAUCAGAGGGUAUGGUACUGAACAGCGCCGUGGCAGGUUCCGCUGGGCUACCUUGCAGCUGCAAGCUGUCGGAACGAAGCCGCCUUGA